AUGGUGGAAAGUUGCCACGCCUACCACGGGCAGAUAAAAGACGGCCUCUUCCACGGCCAUGGUACUUUGUUGUACUCUGGCAAUGAGAAGUACGAGGGCGACUUUGUUUUCGGAAAGCGGGAGGGAAAUGGGCGUUUCGAGUAUGCGGAUGGCGCUACGUAUGAGGGAAAGUGGGUCGAGGACAGGAUUCACGGGCAGGGAGUCGCCGUCUUCGCGAGCGGCAAUGUGUAUGAGGGGCAGUGGGAUAUGGGAAAGAUUUCUGGAUACGGCAAGUUGAAAUACUCCAAUGGAGAUGAAUACGAGGGCGAGUGGGUGGACGGAAAGAUGCACGGGCGAGGAACGUACCGCUACAAGGAGGGCGACGUAUACACCGGAGAAUGGCGAGAUGACAAGAGACACGGGAAGGGGGUUGUUGUAUACGUUGGUGCCAAGGGGGCUAUAGUGGAGAAGUACGAUGGCGAUUGGGUGAAUGGGAAGAUGCAUGGCCACGGAAAGUACACGUACAGCGAUGGCGGGGAGUACGAGGGCGACUGGAUGGACGGCAAGAUGCACGGGAAAGGCAAGUACAUCUUUCCUAAUGGCAACCAGUACGACGGCGAGUGGGCGAAUGACAUGAAGGAGGGGUAUGGGACGCUUAUGUAUCACAACGGGGAGAAGUAUGAGGGUUACUGGAAGGCCGACAGGGUGCACGGCAAGGGAACGCUCACAUACUCCCGAGGCGACAAAUACGUAGGUGAAUGGGUAGAUGCGAAGAAACACGGCGAAGGAGAACUCAUUUACUCGAACGGCGACAGAUUCAAGGGGGAGUGGCUGGAUGACAGAGCCUGCGGCUUUGGGGUGUUUCAGUACGCCAACGGCAACAAGUACGAGGGGCAAUGGGCAGACGACAAGAGGGAGGGGCAUGGAAUCUUCUACUGCGCGGAGGACGGCAGCUGCUACGAGGGGGAAUUCGUGCAAGGCAGGAAGGAAGGCAACGGCACUUUCCGCCUGGCUGCUGGUCAUCAGCUCGAUGGUGUGUGGGCGGGGGGACAGCUCGUUCGCGUAACCUCCUUCAUGUUCUCCCCUGACUCGCGCUGGCUUAAUCCCGACCUGUGA